AUGGCGAAGACGGAGGUAGAAGAACGGAAUCGUACUCUUCGACUGAGGAAGAAAAACCGAAGGAUCCGUUCGAAAUUCCCUCCGAUUCUUGGUCGUACUCUGAAACUGAGACGGCCGUGGCUCUUAGCCCGAGCGAAAAAGGAUGAUAAAAAGAUUGGAAACAAGUCCAGUUACCAAACAAUAUUGAUUGAAGAAGACGAGAUAGUUGUCUCACAAGGUUUGAUUGAUUUCAAACUUGAUAAAGGCAAGUCUAUGUAUGAAGAUGAGAUGGGAUUUUAUGAUUUCGUCAUUAGAUCUCUUAACAAUGAGAAAUCGCCUAUGAGUGAAUAUUUAGUGAAAGAAAGAUGGAACAUGGAGUCUACUGAGACCAAGAUGAGAAUUGAAGAGAAAUUGAGAGUGUUGGAGGCAAAAGAAGUCCAAUUUCGAAUUGAGAUGGUGGAGCAAAAGGCAAACCUUUUGAAGGAAGUGGUCUCUGCCAUGCUUGAAACAGUAAACUCAUAG